CUCUAUAUUUCUCAAGAUAAGGUAGGUAGGAAAUAGCUUCCUUUUCUGUCUGGCCUAUCUCCCCACCCGCGGACAUCCUGCAGCCUCAACGACGUCACUUCUUGUCCUAUUCGGCCGCGAUCAACGCCGAGCUAGGCCCAAGUUUUCAAAAACAUCAUCUUUCCCUCCUCUCAAGUUCUGGGUUACCCUCGUCUUUUCACCACUCGUCCUCUUCCUCUCCUACUUCAUCGUGGCCGUGUACAAGGGAACCGUGAGGCCCUCGAGCCCUCCAGCUCCACCGUCUCUCUUCCUCUGUUCCCUUCUACCGUCUUCGUCAUGUCUCUGAACCGUGUCUCCUCGUUGGAGACCUUUGCUCCCCUCCUCACAGAGAACCGAUCCAGGCGAAGCUCGGAUGCCUCGACUCGAGCUCGCAAAAUCAGCUUCAACCCUCUCCCGUCAUCAUGGGAUCCUCCAGCUUUGGAACAGAUCCAGGCCGUAGGUGCCUUUGAAGUCCCCAGGUGGAAGAGGACGCUCCAAGUCGUAGUCGCCGUCAUAUACUGCCUCUUUGCCGCCGGCAUCGUCUUUGGCUAUGCCGCCAUCAAGCCCGUCCUAAAACGAGAGGGUGCCUACCGAGACGUCUGCCGCGUCGACCCCAACGAUGAGGACGCCAUCGGCGAGGACACAUGCGUUGAGAUCCACCUAAACUUCAUGUUCACCGCGGCCGCCGUGGCCACCAACGUUGCUGCCCUUCCCAUUGGCGCCAUCCUCGAUCGAUAUGGUCCCCGUGUCUGCGGCCUGCUGGGAGCCUUGUGCCUCGCCAUCGGUGCCCUGUGCAUGUCCUUCGAGAACCAACUACCCUUUGACGGCCUGCUGUUCGGAUACCUCUUCCUGGCCCUCGGCGGACCCUUCACCUAUAUCUCGUCCUUCCAGCUAUCCAAUGCCUUCCCCAAGAACUCUGGCCUAAUUCUCGCCCUCUUGACGGGCGCCUUUGACGCUUCCAGCGCCCUGUUUCUAGUAUAUCGCAUCAUCUACGAACACACCAACGAAACUUUUGGCCACCAGAGUUUCUUCCUCGCCUACCUGGUCGUCCCCGCCGCCAUCGCCGUCAUUCAACUCGUCCUGAUGCCGGCACAAUCCUACAAGACCGUCGGUGAACUAGUCGAGGAAAUCGAGGAGCCCAUCCCCGCCGACAUGGAACCCUACGACGACCAGAUCGACGAGGAGACUGCCUUGCUUCACGAAGAGGAGAGACAGCAUCGCGCCGAGGUGGUCUCGGGUAUCCAGGAGUUGCUCGGAACCACCAAGGCGGACAAGCAGGCCAGGAAGGAAGAGCGCAAGAACGAGAUCUCGGGCGUUUGGGGUGUCAUGCAUGCUUAUACCGCCUGGGAGCAGAUCAAGUCACCUUGGUUUAUCCUUAUUUGUUUGUUUACCGUCGUCCAAAUGACCCGCAUCAACUACUUCGUCGCCACCAUCCGCGUGCAAUACACCUACCUGCUCUCCUCUCCUGCCCUCGCCGAGCGCGUAAACGACUUUUUCGACCUCGCCCUCCCUCUCGGCGGCAUCUUAUCCAUCCCCUUCAUCGGCGCCAUCCUCGACCGCACCUCCACCCUGACCGUGUUGGUAACCCUCGUCGCAACCGCCACCACCAUCGGCAUCCUGGGAAUCAUCCCCCACUCGCUACUCGCCGCUUACGCCAACAUCUGCUUGUUUGUCCUGUACCGUCCCUUCUACUACACUGCCGUAUCCGACUACUCCGCCAAAGUCUUUGGGUUCAGGACCUUUGGCAAAGUGUACGGGACCAUUAUUUGUCUUGCUGGUCUGUUUAAUUUCAGUCAGUCCGGUCUGGAUUACCUCUUGCAUGAGACCUUUAACGGGGAUCCGGUCCCCGUCAAUGUCGGGCUGAUGGCCGCGGGACUGUUGAUUGGUGUGGUGAUGGUCAUGUUUGUCGGGGUGCAGUCGAGGGGGAUCAAGAGGAAGUUGUUGGAGGAGGAGGCGAGGGGGGCUUUUGCUUAUGGGGGGAAUGGUACGGGUACGACAAGUACGGCGAGCACGAGGGAGUGGACUGCGAAUUGAACGGAAGUGGACUGAAUUGAACUGAACUGCUCUCGUCCUAUACCAAAAAGGAAGAAAACAGAAAGGGGAGGGGAAAAAAAAAUGCAAGAGAAGAUGGCGUCUCUUCAUGAAAGAAAGGAUGAAG